AUGGACCGGACGCGCUGCGCUUUGGCAGCAUUUCUUCCUCCUUUGCCACCGUUUUUUGUAGGCCGCAAGACGCCCUCCAUCAAAAACAUAAGGGCAACUGCAAAGUGGCACACAAAGGCAGUUAAUCGAACAAUGAAAAACCAGCCUCCAGAGAUACUCCCCACGUCAAUUCCCGUGCCGACUAUCCUCGUACAAACUUCGUCAUACAUUUGGUUCUACCUGUACACAUGUUUCAAAAAACUACCGGGGACGCAGUACAUCAUAUCAUACGUGCGGAAGUCGCAUCAGGACGAUCCUUACCGCACGAUGGUUGAGAUCGUGCUGAUAAUCUACGGGAUCAUCUACUUCCUAGGGAAGCCUAGCAAGAAGGGCCAGCAGCGCGGACCCGAGCUUACGUCACGCGAGGUCGAGAGUUUGCUCGAAGAGUGGGAACCAGAACCAUUGGUUCAAACCGACGACCGUAAUGCCUGGCGUCUCCAGAAAAUCCCGGUGGUGCAUGCGACUCCCACUGACAAGUACGUGGAUUUGACGCGCAAUGAUGACCGUGAGGUUUAUUCGAAAGUGCUCAAUUGCGCCUCGAACAAUUUUCUCCAGAUAUCACGCGACGCUCGUGUUCUCGAGGAGGUCAAGCGCACUAUUAAGAACUAUGGGGUGGGCUCCUGUGGUCCUGCUGGGUUUUACGGAAACCAAGAUGUGCACUCUAACCUUGAAUACGAUCUUGCGCGUUUCUUUGGCACAGAGAGUGCCGUUCUUUAUGGUCAAGAUUUCUGCGUGGCUGCUUCCGUCAUCCCUGCUUUCACGAAGCGUGGUGAUGUGAUUGUAGCAGAUGAUCGUGUCAGCGUGUCAUUACAAAAUGCUCUGCAACUGAGUAGGUCCACUGUUUAUUAUUUCAAGCACAAUGACAUGGAGUCCCUUGAGGAUUUGCUACGUGAAUUGACAGAGCAUGAAAAAGAAGAGAACCUGCCCGCUCUCCCCCGUAAAUUCAUCGUAACAGAAGGUUUGUUUCACAACCUGGGAGAUAUUGCGCCCUUGCCAGAUCUUGUAAGGUUGAAAGAAAAGUACAAAUAUCGUUUGUUCGUGGAUGAAACAUUUUCACUAGGUGUUCUCGGUAACACUGGCCGCGGUAUCACAGAACACUUCAAUUUGAAGCGUGAGACCGCUGUUGAUAUUACUGUGGGGUCAAUGGCCACCGCAUUUGGCUCUUCAGGAGGGUUCGCUCUUGGUGAUCACGUCAUGUCUCAUCACCAACGUAUAGGUUCCUUCGCGUACUGUUACUCGGCGUCUCUGCCCGCAUACACCGUCAGAUCUAUGUCUCAGAUGCUCGGCAUGCUCGAGCAGGACAGUUCUGCCGUAAUCCAUCUGCAUGAACUCUCCGCCUCGAUGCACUCGUUCUUCAAAGAAGACACCGAGCUCGCAAAGUAUAUCGAGGUCACCUCCUGUCCCGCAUCCUGCAUUUUGCAUUUCAGACUCACGGCAGAUUUCAGGUUGCACAAAUUUGGCUCUUCAGAGGAGCAGAUUUUCGCUGAGAUAUCCGCCCUACAGAGCAAGAAUAUCAGCAACAAAUUCAUAGAGGCUUACGAGCAGGAGGACAAAUUCCUACAAUCCAUAGUCGACACGGCCCUCGCCGACCACAAUGUCCUCAUCACUCGCAAUACCAUUGUGCUAAAACACGAGACACUGCCCGUGACACCCAGCCUCAAGUUCAGCUGCAACGCCCUCAUGACUGAGCAGGAACUUCAAGACGCCUGCGUCGCCGUUAAAAAUGCUGUACUCAAGUGCUGCGCCUAA